GCCCCAAUGUCGUGGCUGCGUCGCGGCGCACGCGUUCCGCGGCGAGCGAUCCGCGCACAUUCGGGGAUCACGAAAGGGGCGGUCGCCCCGAGGGUGGCCGCGAAAUUUCCGAAAAUGCGCUAUCUCCCGGUGGAGGAUCUUCAGAAGAACAGGACGCUCGGGCCCCGAAACGUCGCCAGAACGUGUCGUUCAAGUGUCGUCACGCGCGGACACUCCCUCUUUUUUUUAAUUUUUUUCCAUCCUCUGCGAGUGAGUGAGUCAAGCACGCUUGUCGCUGGACAGGAAGCGGGAUAUGAGCUACACCGAACCGCUGUGGGAGAUUAAUGGAAAUCAAGCACCAGUAAUCGCGGCGGAGAUGUCGCAAUACGUCGGCAGUGAAAUCGCCAGCUACCCUAUGUGGGACAGUUCCGUUUUGUAUCAGACGCAGCCGCCUGCUCAUCCGCAUGUGAACGAGCACGGAUUGUACAGGCAACCCUGCGCGUUGUUGCACCAGAGUCGUUAUACGCCGAACGGUCGCUCACCGAAUUUGCCAUCAUCGACAACGAAGAAACCGAGACGUCGAGUGGCGACGGUAUCUCAGAGGAGAGCCGCGAAUAUCCGCGAAAGACGCAGGAUGUUCAAUCUAAAUGAGGCCUUUGAUAAACUCCGCAGAAAAGUACCGACAUUUGCCUACGAGAAGCGGCUUUCAAGAAUCGAAACACUGCGUCUAGCAAUAACGUACAUCGCUUUCAUGGGAGAACUACUCGGUAUCGAGCCAAGUAGUCCGAAACCGGAGUACAUACCACGAGAGUACUACUUGCCGAAUUAAAUCUUUUCUCUACCUUUUCCACUACCUUUUAACGAGGCGCUCACGAGCCGAUACGAGAUCCGAUGUUUCCAUCGGCGAAAAAGUUCUAGUCGGCGAAACCAGUCUUCCAUUAUUAAUUAGCAUUAUAGCAUUGUCUCGAAGUAUAAUUUAAUGUAAUUUAAUGGAUAUUUGUACGUGACACUCGUACGACUUCUUCCACAAUACUAUCCGAUCUUUUUUGCGUCUCCAUCCAUUAAUUUUUUCGAUACUAUUACUUGUCGGUGUUGCUCAGAAAUUAUUCUAUAUACGAAGAAAAUGUAAAAAUAUACAUAUAAAAAUUUUGGAUUUUUCGAGCAUAUUUCGAAACACUUGUUCUAGUAUCGAAAGGAUUAAAAUCACGAAUAAAAACUUUCUCUUACUGUGCAGACAAUAAUCUUGCAACGCUUUAUCGUUCCGAUUAUUGCGAAUCUCACGCGAUUAAAAGGAAUGAUUAUAUAAAAGAUAAAACUGUGCUCUCCUGUUUUUCCGUCUUUGUAAUUACACGCAUAUAAGAUGGCACUGGAUUGCAACAAAAAAAGAAAUAA